AUGGAACUCAACAGAGCAGCUCUAAAGCAGGAAUUUAUUAAAAGAUUACAUGACUACUCAUAAUGCAUCACCCCAGUAGUCAGGGAUAUCCAAGAGAGAUAUGUCUCCUCUUACUACAUUGUAGAUUCAGAUAAAAUUGAUGUCAGUUAGUACUGCCAAAAUGAAUUAAAGCUAGCUCAAGAAACCAAAGAAUAACUUUAGAAUCUACAGCAACAGCAAUGA